AUGGUUGCCUCAAAGACCCUAGCAGCAGCCAUUGUCGCCUUCGGCUUUUCUUCCUCCGCUCUGGCAUGCGUGAAUUUCAAAGGUAGCGAUGCUUCCGAUGGCAGCUUCGUCGUAACCGAUGGUGGUUCUAUGAAGUGCUCGGGCGCUAUUCAAAGCGGAGACAAGGAUCUAAGUAUGUUCAUACACACACAUCAGAUUUUGUAUCACCUACCCCCUCUUUCUUCAAUUCCACUAACUUGCGAAGGCUGUGUCGACGGCUACUCCCUGAAUUACGACUGGACGGAUAACAUGAGCGUUGACGCUGGUCUCUCACCAUUCCGCACUCAAGCUGCGACAAUGGAUGGUCUUUGGUUUGCAAUUUUGACUACUCGACUUUCGGCUGUUGAUUUGAUUUGA